AUGCAACAUCAAGAAUACUAUGAACCAUCGCGUCAAGUAGUCAAUAGCAAGGAAGACAACGUUGGCUAUUCGAGUGGGUUGUCGUUUCCUAUCUCGGCGACUAUCGAUGAUGGCACACAGCAUCAACCAGAGGAAGGAAACGAUUCGCUCCCAACCGAUGCACAGACACAUGGGCCACCAGGGAUCGCACAACAUAUGACCCAAGAGUCCAGAAUGAUGAAUCAUCAUCAUCCUUCCUAUCAAUCGAGCAUGAUAAUGGAUCCAGCCAAUCAUGGUAUCAAUAUCACCACUACCGAUUUGUUUGAUUCGAAGCCUCCUUUUACUACCAAUACACCCGUGACCACCAAUAUCAGCAGCGAUCCUGUGCUAGCUUUUCCUAGUGCGUCCUCCCAUUCGCAACCAAUGAUGAGUACCUCGUAUUACCACCGUCGUCAGCCUCCCCCUCCUCCUCCUCACACAAACUACCCGGCUAGCCGAGAUCCCUUUUUCUCAUCUGCAACCAUGCACAACAGCAACAACAACAACGCCCAUAUUGAUACAAUGCAAGAACAGAAUAGCAACCAUUCCGAAUUAAGCUCAACAUCACGUGUGUUUCCUUACCAAUUACCACCAAUUAUGUUAUCGAGCACAGACACAGGGAACUCACCACAACAACAAUCAUCAUCUUCACCCAAUUCGUCCAUAUUACAAAUAAGCAACGCUGCAUCUACUGCAAGUCACCCAUUACACACGUCUGGGGCAUUUACAACGACUUGUUCUCCAGCCGAUUGGACGACUGCAUAUGCAACUACAUCAUCAUCAUCAUCGUCAACAGCACAUCACACUUUCUCAUCCAAUUUCCCACCCGAGCUAAACAUGAUACCCAUAACAACAAAAUCACCUCAUGAUUUGCACGCUACAACAACCAAUCGCAACAUACCAUCAUCCACCACAAAACCUUAUUUAAAAGAAGCAGAAACAAAGACAUCAUCCUCGUUGGCUAUGACUACCAAAGAGCUUGAUACUCAUGAAUGGAACAGUAACAAUGAUAUGAUACAGGAACCAAGACGCAAUAGUAGUCGAGCCAUUAUCAUUGAUGCUCGCUCGGGGGAAGAUUCUUCUUCCGAAGAUGAAGGCUCUUUUUCCACUCAACGACGACGACACAGCGCUACGGCAGCCAUCAUGUCAUCAACCAAUGGUGACGCAGCUUCACGAGAUUUUGGAAAGGAGGACAACAAUGCACCAUCACGCGACAGUGGUCUGGAGCAUCUCGUAUCACCAAGAGCGAUCCGUGAAGCCGAAAGAGAGGAAAGAGAAGUUGCUAUACGAGGCACACGUCAUGAACAUCCAUUCUCGGCUUUCCCUUCGUUUAUGUCAAUGAAGCACCUGCAAGAAGAUGAGAUCAAGGCUUACUAUCAUCGUAUCGAGAAAGAAAAUGAUCAUCAUCAUCCCCCAUCUUUGCCACUCCAUCAUCGACAAGCUUCACUCAGCCCAAGUUAUACUGAGGAAUCAUCAUCAUGUUCAUCACCUACCAGCAAUAGUCCCCUGUUGAGCUCACCCACUCCUAUUACCGAUCAUCACCAUCAUCACCAACGUACUAUUUCAACCAUCGUGAACGACAUUAUGGAACCACAAGCUGAUACGGAGAAGAAAAGAUCAUCCAAGACGCUGAAAAAGGAACGAUUAAAAAGACCACCCAAUGGAUAUUUAUUAUUCAAUCGAGACAUGCGACGUAAAUUGCUGGAAAAGUCACCCAAGAUGACUGUUGCUGAAAUCAGUAAGGAAAUUGGUGACAUGUGGAAACGACUACCCGAGAAUCAACGAGAUUGGUAUAUGCAGCAGGCAGCAUUGAUCAAGCAGGAUCAUCUCAAGAAUCACCCUGGUUUUAUUUAUCAUCGACGAUCCAAAGCUGAGAUUGCUCAGGCACGACGACUUGCCAAACAACGUAGAACAUCAGCUACAGCUGCUGCUGCCACCACCACUACUACCCAUCCAACCCAUGAGGAGCCAUCCGUCACUAUUAGCAAAGGCAAUUGGGUGGUAUCCACUACAGCAAUGACAUCCAUCAUUGAUACUGCUGCCAGUGAGCAGCAGCAGGAGCAACAACAGCAUUCUCGUAAGAAAUCAACAACGACAACACGUGAUCCUCGAGGACGUAAAAAGAAACGACAUCGACAUCCUGAGGCACCUAAACAUCCAAUGUCGGGUUUCUUGUUUUUCUUGUCAGCUAUGCGACCACACGUUGCUAGGCAAUAUCCUGGAUACCCAGUAGGACCCAUUAGCCAAAUCAUUGCCAAACAAUGGAGGGCAAUGCCUGAUGAAGAACGAUUACCUUGGCUACAAAAAGCUGAAGAGGAUAAGGCUCGAUACGCUCGUGAAAUGCAAGUCUACAUGGCAAAUUUGGAACGUGGCAGCGUGGCACAACAAGCUCCGGUGGAAACAAACGAUCAAUCAAAUACCACAAGUACAACAACAACAACAACAGGACAACAGCAGCAGGUACUGCCAGCUCCUUCAUCAUCAUUAAUACCCUCAUCAUCAUCACCACCCACCACCACCUCCUCCUCUUUUCAAUCCAGUUUUUUCGCCCCUGGUCUAAUGGCAUCCGCUCAUGUUGAUGGUGCUAACAGUGCUUCGAAAUACACAUCACAGCAUGAGCUCGCAUGGUAA